UGGUGAGAAAAGCUUCCCUAUUCUGACAGCCUACAGUCAAGUUCAACUCUUUGCUUAUCUUUAGGAACUUAAAAACAGCCAAGCAGCAACAGUAAAUGAAUGUGCUGUACUAUAAACAUGGUAGCGGAGUCUAUUAUUAAAUGCUGAGUUAAAGAUAUCAAUUGUAUGAAUAUACUGAACACUCGUAAACUUGGAAAUGGGCAAUGUGCAGACGACUUUUAAAUCUAGAGAGGACUUCAUACAAACUGCCAACCUUCCAUCAAGAGUAAGUGAAAAGGAACCCGCAGUGGUCUUGAGUGAUUAUCCUCCCCCUGAAAUUUGUGAGCCUCUGUUUAGGACAGGAGACUGGCUGAGACUCAUAUCUGAUGAGGGCUACUGGGUGAAGGUUUACUCUCUCCAGACAAGAGAGGAAAACUUCAUCCCACGCUGCCAUGUAGCUAAGGUUUAUCAUGGGUGGUUGUUUGAAGGGGUUGCAAGACAAAAAGCUGAGGAGCUUCUACAGCUUCCUGGGAAUAGAGUCGGUUCUUUCAUGAUCAGAGAGAGCAGAAGAGGUGUGUAUAGCCUGUCUGUGCGCCACAGAUCUAUAAUGCAUUACCGGAUACUCCGUCUACCAAACAACUGGUACUUCAUCUCUCCACGCCUAACAUUCCAGUGCCUAGAGGACCUGGUCAACCACUACUCUGACAUAGCAGAUGGUCUGUGUUGUAUGCUCACUGGUCCUUGCCUGGCAGCCCCUGAUUCUGUACAGCCCCUGUCUCAGUCUACUCCUAUAGUUAGAGCUCACACCUCUAACUGGACUGCAAUGGACAGGACGGACCUUGACCAACAGAACACCAGUGCCGCCUCCGCACAAGAAUCUGACUUCAGUAGCGGACUGCAGGACAGUGUAUCGUCCUAUCUCUUUCUGGCAGGAGUGGAAGAGAAAAAAAGGCAUAGCUGGAAGAGGAAAAAGUGGAGAUCUAUCUACUCAUUUCCAAGCCAUAGGUACAAUGCUGUCACAGAAGAGGACCAAGAAGAGGAAUACUAAACAAAAAGAACAAAACAAAAAUAAUUCAAAUCUAUACCCCACAUGGACAAAAGCUAAGAAAUAAGGUUCUUAGCUUAGUUUAGAAGGACAACUUACCACAGACAUGUGAAUGUAGAGAACUUGGCAAGUUAACUAUUUUAUCAAACUAGUGCACUAUUUUCAUACUGCCUGCUCCUUAGUACCAAAGAUGGACACAGUAUCUUUGUUCUUGUACUUUGUCUUUAUACUUGUACCUCUUAUGAUUCAAACAUUUACCAUAAGC